CUCCCUGAGAGUUAGAUGUUAUUAAGGUGUUUAGAGCCAAGCACCUGAAAUGACUUACAGCUUCUGAAAUAUGUUUCCUCAAUGAAUUCACUGUUUCUUUUGCAUGUGAUACCGAACUAUCUUGGCUUUCAAAUCACUUCUGAAAUAUGGUAAGCAUCUCUUUAUUUUGUUCCAGAAGACAGAAAACUCUUUGUGGGCAUGCUUAAUAAGCAGCAGUCAGAAGAUGAUGUGCGCAGGCUAUUCGAGGCAUUUGGCAACAUCGAGGAGUGCACAAUCCUUCGGGGACCCGAUGGAAACAGCAAAGGGUGUGCAUUUGUGAAAUACUCUUCGCAUGCAGAGGCCCAAGCAGCUAUCAAUGCCUUGCAUGGCAGCCAGACAAUGCCGGUGAGUAGCCCUGCAACACGAAAAGCAAGAACUGGUCCUAUGGCCUGAUAUGGUAGGAGGAAUGAUUUAUGUAUGAUCUGCUACUCAUACUAUAGGAAGAUGGCAUGUGGAGCUUUGGGUGUAUUUAACUCAUCAAAGGAAACACCAGGAUGACGCUGUCAUUUCAUUAAAGCACAGAACCCCGAGGAGUGAUAUGUUCUGUCACCAGCAGUUUUGAUGCACUGGAAAAAAAGAUGUCGUUUAGAGAUGCCAAAAAUAUUGAGUCAAAUUCACCAUGAGCCACUUACCUAAGUUGCA